AUGGGCCGCAGCGCGUGGCGCGUGAUAGAUUCUCUGGAGUUUGAGGUUGUUGUAAGCCGGAUGUCACCCGAAGAGGAGGAGCUGUCGCACAAUUUGGCGACGGUGUUGCACGAGCUUGGGGUGUGGUCGGGCUAUUUACAGAGCAUGCACGUGAUCCCAAAUCUCGGCACCAACGAUGUCCUAUCUGCUUUUUAUGGAGCUCAGCGUGCAAUAUUUAGUAGGAUGGACGUGCUCAUGAGACGAGGGUUUUCUUACGCAGCCAUCGUAGAAAUCAGAAGUCAGAAGCAGUCCUGGCGAGACGAAUGGCAGAAGUUGAAGGCCAAAGACUUUGAGCACGUGUCCAAUUUGCUAUCCGGGUUCCCGAAGUUGGACUUCCCAGCACAGAUGGGCCUUGCUAGAGCGCCUCCACAGCAAGCAUGGCAAAUGGUCGCAGAGGAGGUCUGCAAUUUGUUUCUCAAGCUGCAAGACAUGUACAAGCCUAUCACUUUGUUUCAGCCCGCUCCCGAGCAGGAGGCCUCAGUAUGCAGUCAAGAUCUUUCAUGA